AACCAAUAUCCAUUUGACAGUCAGUGAGUAAAGAAUUUUUUUCACUUGGCACGAAGCGAGUGAAUAUUUUGUAUUUUAAGUUAAAUUUUCUUUUAUAAAAGAUCAACCAUCAAACAAAUACUUCUACAUUGAGAUUUUAUUCAAUGCUUGAGUGAAAUAAAUAUUAAAUUCAGAAUUGAACGUUGAGAAUUUGGGACAUUUCAUUAAUUUUUUUCCAGAUUCGUUUUUUGUUUUGUAUUUUGAUUUUUGUAUAAUUGAUUUGUAAGGGGCUUCCAUUGUUAAGCGGUGAAGAUAAAUAUUUUCUACAAAACGAAAACAUAACGAUGAAUGACGAUAAGAAAUCGUUGCGUUUUACGGAAGAAGAAAAAAGUGUACUAUUCUCAUUAUUUGGCAAAUACAAGGAUGUUAUUGAUAUUCGACAUCGUCGGAAUUCACAGUCUCAACACAAACAAGUCGCACUACGAAAAUGUUGGGACUCAAUACUUGAUUCAUUCAAUGCACAUCCCGAUACGAGCAAACGGUCGAUGAAACAAAUUCAAAAAUUUUGGUUAAAUUCAAAAUUGAGAAAGCGUUUGCCAGACGAUAAAGAAGGUAGUAAAACGUGCGAGAAGCGGUCAAGAAUUAUCGAAAUAAAGGGUUCUCCGUCGAAAAAAUCAAAUGAUGCAGCGUAUCAAGAACUAGUUAAAACGUGUAAAGAAUCCGAUAAUGAAGACGACGAAAAUUCAGAUCGAAAAAUGUCGUUGGAUACAACCGACGAAAUCGCAUUGUCUGAAACAAAUGUAACGAAUGGGGAGCAGUAUGAAGACGAACAAUAUGAUCCAUUGGGUGAUUCGUAUUUUCAAAAUGAUGCAAUCACGUUAAAAGUCAUUGACGAUCCAAUUGAUUUGGAUCUUGCAGCACCAGCACCAUCAAGUAUUGUGACAAUUCCUGCGCAAACACAGCGUGGUACAACGCUAGUUACACUCCCUAGCCAAAGUUAUGAGCAUGUAAAAAAGCAAGAAGCGUCACCAACGUCACAGUCGGCUUCAGUACAACCAACAACUGCCUAUAUCACCUAUUCGCCUUCAUCAACGGCCACCCUUGCCAAUCAAAACAUUCAACUAGUGAAAAGUGCAAAUGGAAAUUAUUUAAUUACAACUCCAGCCUCAAACUCGACACCACAAGUGAUUCGAGGGUCGCGUCUUAGUCAAGCGUCACCAACCAUAACAGCAACAUCAUCAUUAUCGAUGAAGGACACCGAAAAUGCAUCACUUCAAGAUUUACAAAAGCAAGAAGCCUUACUUCGUAUUCGCGAAGCCAAAAUAAGGUGUGAAGUGCAAGAAAUUGAAAAGGAAAAAGCUCGUGAAGAAUUACUUCAAAUGCGUGAAGUUCAUCGAAUGAAAAUUAAAGAGAUGGAAACAAGACUUCGAAAUAUGGAACGUUCAUGAUAUGAUACAUCAAAAUUUAUCAAUCGGUCUCAAUAUAUCUGAAUUUAUAUUAUAAACAUUGUCUGUAUGUAUUAUUUUUUUUAGUUUAUGCAUGCAAAUGUUUCGAAUACAUUUUUCUAUUGUAAAA